GAAGCUUGGGCUGGGCCGGGCAUGGGCCUGCCAUGUUAGCGCUAACUGAAGAGGCCCGGACCAAGGCCCGAGGCCCAGCGGGCUUUUACAUGGUUGGGCCGGGCUUGGGCCUGGUUUUCUAGGCCCGAUGCUCGGGCCGGGCCUGGGUUUUCUACGUCCGGCUUGGCUAGGCCCGGCCCAAGGGAUGGCCAGGUAUACUUGUAACAAAGGGUUUCAAGCCCGUGACCGGGUUUCAAGCCUUGUCGGGGCCGCCAAGCGCUUUAUGUUUCAGGGCCCCUUGAAAUGUAUCCGAAUAAACAUUGAAUGUCAUGGCAUAUUGUUUACUAGUACAGCGAAAAGGCUUGGAUAAUAGUUAGCACCAUACAGACUUAGGGUUCCCUACUAGGAUGGAUGAAUUGAUAAGCCCGGAGAUGGUUUAACCUCCUUUCUAGUGAAUUGAUUUUGUGCCAUCAUUGAUAGCAUUUUUUCUUACCAGUUACAACAUCUGUCUUGCACAUCAUCGAUUGUAGCACAUCAUCUCGCCGGUUGCAACAUCCUUCAUUGACGGUUGUAGCAUUUUUAGUUAGAACGGUUGUAGCAUUUGUGGUCAUUGCUUGCAAUACCGUCGCAACAUUUUUCGUUGCCGUUUGUAGCAAAAAAUACUACGCUGAUGUUACUUGACUGAGACCUCAUGUUAAGUCUCAAUGGACUGAGUUCUAGACAUAUCCAAUCUUUAAAUUCAAACAUGCUGAACUUGAAUCUACACCUCAGCAAACAAGAUCAAAAAGUGGCCGGAACUUGAAUGAUCAGGCUAAGCAUUCUUGCUCCAAGUCACAUCACUAGUCCACGGGGUCACUGUCAUGGCUUACUCCGUCAAAGUCGUCAGACGCAAAUUUCAGAAGCCAUGGCUAGCUUACUAGUCCAUGGCGUCAUGCCGUCAUUACUGUGAAACUUCCUGGACGGUGAUCGCUUGGCUCCUGUUUCCAGCCAAUAGUACUCUAGUCGUUCGCCGUCCCCAUAUAUGUGGUUCCAUCUCGACCACGGUAUCAUUUGUUCCGUGUAUAGCCUAUCUUCCUUCCAUAGCCCAUGACCACUGAAUCCCCAGCUACCACCCACCCUUUGUUCUUCACCACAAUCUCCCCAAAUCUUCUGCCCCGAUGUCUCGCAGCUGCUGCUGGUUCCUCGCCGUCCUCUGGGUUUGGUGGCUGCCAUGGAUGCUCGUGGAGGCCGAGGACCAGCAGGGGGGAGACUGCUUGGCCAUGAAGUGCGGCAACGUCAACAUCUCUCAUCCGUUCUGGCUCACCGACAGAGCUACGGGAAGAGCAUGCGGUUCUGAUCCCUACCCGGACUUCGAUGUCGCCUGUAUCAACAGUACUCCAACUCUACGGAGCUCCAUACCCUUCAACAGAGGCUUCAAAAUCCUCAACAUCUCUUACGAGGAACGCAGCUUCUACGCGGUUGAUCUCGGCAAGCUGGACGUGUUGAACGCCACCGACAAAUGUCGUCCCGUGUUCUAUAACACCUCAGUCAAGCUCACCCCGCCGUUUAAGAUCGCCCCCGUCAACCUGAACCUCAUCCUAUACAACUGCACGGAGGAGGACGGAGCAGCGGCCACGGCACGUCUGAACAGAGAGCUGGCGCCGACGAACGUGAGCUGCGGGAACCAGUGGGUAGUGUUUGCCCGCGCGGGAGUGCCCCACGACGGCACCGGGAACUACAACAAUUACACUCUGAAGGGCUGCGCCGCCGUCGUGGUGCCGGUGCCGGCCUCGUCAGAGGGGGCGAACGCGAGCAACUACAAGCAGCUCUUCGACGAUGGCUUCCUCUUGACAUGGGAUCCCCCGCGUCAUCCACG